ACAUGACUAGGCGCGUCGUCCGCUCGGCGCUCGGCUAUCAGGGCUGCGGGAGCCGGAAGUGGCCGCUGGGUGUCACAGAGAACGUCAGCGGCUCCCGGCGAUGAUGUAACCGGCAGAGCCCGGGGCCCCCGACACCGAGACCGGAACCGGGACUGGAACCAUGAACCUGCUGCCUACCAACCCGCACGGGAACGGCCUCCUGUACGCCGGCUUCAACCAGGACCAUGGAUGCUUCGCCUGUGGGAUGGAGAAUGGCUUCCGGGUGUAUAAUACGGACCCCCUAAAGGAGAAGGAGAAGCAAGAGUUCAUGGAGGGCGGGAUCGGAUACGUAGAAAUGUUAUUCCGAUGUAACUAUCUGGCUCUGGUCGGAGGAGGGAAAAAGCCGAAAUAUCCGCCCAAUAAAGGUGAGACCCCCCUAACCUGGGACCUCUGUGACCUCUAAUGACCUCCAGUCCAGGAGAUGAUAGAUCUGAUGACCGUUGCUCCGGAGUUCUGCCGCAGGAAAUACAGUGCAGCAGCCUCCCAUUGCUUUCAACAGGAUUCUGCUGCACCAUUUACUCUACGGAAUUUCUGCAACAGACGUUCCGCCACGGAAAUUCCAUACCCCAGACUCUACUGAAAUAACAUACAUGUUGCUCUGUCAAUGGGGACGGCCCGUUUCCGAGCGGUCCUAGUGCCGACCUGUUCUGCCGGUGCACGCUACAGGUUGUCUCCGGGCAGAGAUUCCAUAGUGUGAAUGAGCCCUUAAAGGUGUCGGUCACAUGGUUACCCCACACUAUAUAUUUUAUCAUAUGUGGCGGCCAGUGUUUACCCAACCAGGGUGCCUCCAGCUGUUGCAAAACUACAACUCCCAGCUUGCCCAGACAGCCAACGGCUGUCUGGGCAUGCUGGGAGUUGUAGUUUUGCAACAGCUGGAGACACCCUGGUUGGGAAACAUUUGGCCAGACAAGCAGCACUGACUCCGACCAGAGAUAAGUAUAUUGCAGAGAGGUCCUUGUUCAGCCUUCUCCUCUCUGGCACAGACUAUAUUUUCCCUCUCAGAAAUAAAUUUUUUGUACGAUAUCCUCACAGCGUGGACAGAAACAGGAACAGUAAACUGCUGUCCAGGCAUGCUGGGACUUGUAGUUUUGCAACUGAGAGAGAGAUAAGUGUAUUGCAGAGAGGUCCUUGUUCAGCCUUCUCCUCCCUGGCGCAGACUAUAUUCUCCUUGUCAGAGAUGAUUCAAAAAUUUUGCACAAAAUCCUGACAGUGUGGACGGAACCAGAAACAGUCAACGGCUGUCUGGGCAUGCUGGGAGUUGUAGUCUUACAACCCUGCUAUGUGGUUUGGGGGCACCUGUAAAACCAUAUAGCCGAGGUGCAUGAACAUACUGGCACUAAUUACACAAUGCCAUUCAUGUUAGGGAAAGACCUGACCCCGGGGGGGGGGGGG